AUGUCUUCUCCAGCUGCUCCGAAGACAAGCCUCAUCACUGGCAUGUCCGCCACUGAAACCAAGCUCCUGGCGCUGGCCCAUGUCUGCUUGAAGAAUGACAAGAUCGACUACGACAAACUUGCUUUGAACGCUGGCAUCAAGUCAUCCUCUGCCCAGACGCUCUUCCGCAAUGCCAAGCGAAAGCUAGACAAACUGUACGGCGAUGACAAUGCUGAUGGCAGUGGUAACGGUGGCCAGUCUGACAUGUCCCCCGAGGACACUCCCUCCAAGCGAGGAAAGUCCAACGCCAAGGCCCCUCGCACUCCCAAGACUCCAAAGACCCCCAAGGCGACCAAGACCCCGAAGACCCCCAAGGGGGGCAAGGCCGCUAUCAAGUCUGAGGAAAAUGAAGACCAGGUCUCCAUCAAGCUUGAGUUUGAUCCUACCGCUACCGAGUCCGCUACCAACCUCGCCGAAGGUGUUAGCCGUGAGACCGCUGUCGCUGAGCCUAUCCGUGAACUCACCGCUGAACCCGUCAUUGAAUCCCUCGCCGAAAGUUUUGCUGGACCCACCGCUACCGCUGAGGACAUCAAGGUCAAGACUGAGAAGGCUGAUGAGAACGACGAGGCUGCGCUUGACAUGGCUGUGAAACAGCACCUCCCUGAGUCCCCCUUGCCCGAUGAAGAGGAUGACGCCUACGAGCAGGAUGAGGAGUAG